AUGUCGUCCUUCCACUCCUCGCUCGCUGAUGGAGACAAGAUCGUUCCACAAGAGACAGAAUUGGAGAACGCCGCUGCUCGAGGCUCAAUGUCGGCUGUCUUCACGAUACUUGCGAUAUGGCAGACCCUACCUGACAUGCUCGAUAAUGAAGGACACAUCUCACCAGCGGUGACAAUCUCCGCCCUGUUGAUAGCAAUCUCACACUCUCGGCCCGAUAUUGUAUCGCUCAUUCUUGCUGCCAGCGCUAUUCCAAGAUUGCCUGUGAUGGAGGCUAUCCGCGCUGGCUCGAUUAACAUCUUCCAAACAUUUCUGUGGCAUGGGUGGGAUAUUAACGAGCCUAUGGAGAGAGACGGGCCAUCGGCACUCGGAUUUGCGGUCCAGAAUCGGGAUUUAGUAGUAGGAUUGCUCGAGCUGGGAGCAGACCCUAAUGCAGGGUACCAAUACGACACCGCACUUUCCAGAGCUGUUCUAGGAGGAACAGAGGAAGUCAUCGAAAUCCUGCUGUCGCAUGGCGGUAACGUCACUCGAGGCGACGUCCUGCACUGGGCCGUCGAGCGCGAGACAGAAGCUCAUAGAGUCGUGGCGUUACUCCUAGAGCGUGGUGCUCAACCCAAUCGUCUGAGAUUCGACGGUGUAGAGCCGUCGUGGUCGGUGGUUGGCGUUCGUCGUGGACUUGGCACCCCGUUGCACACUGCCGUCACGUUGAACAAGCCAGAUGUUGUAUUAGAACUGCUGAACCAUGGAGCUGAUCAAAAUCUCGAAAACACGCUUGGAAGAACACCCAGACAGAUGGCAGAAGACCUUGGUGACGACAGGCUACUGGGCUUGAUGAAUGGCGAGGUGAAGGAGUAA